AUGGCAUCACCACUGCAGAAUGCAGUGCAACUCCUUAGCCGCUCUCUGACAGUGAUUAACAAGAAUAUUGGCAUACAUAACAAACUUGUCCAUCUGAAGCAACUUGAAACAUUGAGUCUGAAGUUAUUUUUUUCUGAUUUGACCAUUCCAUGUGCAAAUGUUUUUCCAGCAACACUCAACAUGUUAAAGUUGCUUGCAACUAAUCUAAGUUGGUUGUACUUGGACAUCAUAGCUGAGUUGAAAGUUUUUGAGAAUCUGCAUCAACUUGAAACAUGGAAUGAAAGUGUAGCUGAAGAUGUCAAGUCAUUUCUCACAAAUGACCUUGACGAACAAUGUUCACGUGUGCUUGGGUUGAGUUACAAUCACUUGACUGGCGACCUAAAGACUUGUCUACUGCAUUUCGGAACUUUUCCAGAGGACAGUGAGAUAUCAGUGAAGAAUUUGAUGAGGUUAUGGAUGGCUGAGGGGUUCCUGAAGUUGGAAAAUGAUUUGGAAGGAGAGGCUGAGAAGUGUUUGCAAGAGUUUGUCGAUAGAUGUCUAGUCCUUAUUCAGAACGUCGAUAUCUCACGAUGCAUAAAAUGCUGCCCUUUAAACGUCGAUAAAAUUGAUUAUUGUCGCUAUGGUCUUUAUAGGGCUCUUCUUACCCCUGUACAUCCUCAGUUGAGAGAUCAUGACAACAACGAUCUUUUCAAUCGAACCCGUUCUAUUUUCUCUUCUUACCCCUACAUACCUCCAGAAAUUUGCAGGUUAUGGAAUCUGCAUACAUUCAUUGUUCAAGGGCCUAUGCUAUGGACAAUAACUUUUCCUGAGGAAAUUUUGGGACUAAUGCAAUUAAGGCAUCUCAAACUGCCCAAAUUUUAUCUGCCAAAUCCCCCAAGCGUAUCUGCUGACAAAGGGAGUCACAUGGGCUUUUCAAACAUACAAACUAUUUCUUACAUGUCUCCUUGUUGUUGCACAAAGGAGUUUAUUAUGAGGAUUCAGAAUGUCAAAGAAUUAGGACUCAGUGAAUAUCAGAUUGACUCUUCUGAUGGGCCUCUCAACAGUCUUGUCCAUCUGCAGCAACUUGAAACAUUGAGUCUUACAUAUCGUUUUGGAGGAUUUUGGCCAGCAAGUGCAAAAGCUUUUCCAGCAACGCUCAAGAAGCUGAAGUUGGACAAAACUUAUCUAAGUUGGUCGUACUUGGACAUCAUAGCGGAAUUGCCUAACCUUGAGGUGCUGAAACUGAUGUAUCGUGCUUGUGAUGGCGAAGAAUGGCGUCCAACGGUUAUGGGAUUUAAUCAAUUGAAGCUUUUGUUAAUUGAACAUAAUGAUCUCAAGUACUGGAAAGCCACAGAUGACAAUUAUCCUGUCCUUGAGCGCCUUGUGCUUAGAUGUUGCUAUUAUUUAGAUAAGAUACCCAUUGAGUUUGCAGAAAUCCACUCACUACAAUUGAUUGAGUUAAAUUGGUGUCUUCCCGGACUUGGGGAAUCUGCUGCACGAAUUCAAAAAGAACAAGAAGACAUCGGAAACAACCCCGUGGAUGUUCGUAUCUCCGAUCCAUCUAAGUAUAUAGUAUUUAUCAAGUGUGUAAGUGUGUUCUCACAUGAAGUUGAGGUGAAAGAUGUGAGUUCAGUUGAACACGCUCUAAAUCUACAUCUGAAUAAUGUGACUUGUCGAAGUUCUACUGACCCUUUAUUAUUUCUUUUCAGUAGAGAAGAGAGAUUCAGAAGAAUAUUUUUGGCGGAAGGAUUGAACUCUUGGGAUUUCAUUUCGGUUCCUUUGUCGCAAAUUACCACUAAAUUACCGGUUUCAAGCAAUGUGUGGCUUCCAAGGAGAUGUGAUCUCUUUUCGGCAGAGCUAGCAGACAUGAUACCAAAAAGUUUAAAUGGUAAGAGGUACUUCAUUGCAGACCGGUUCCAUGAGAGAGUUGGAAACUUUAUAAAAAUGCAGCGUUUUAUAAAUGAAGCAUAA